AUGGUUCAGUUCAAAUUCUAUCCAUCUCAAUUACCCAUAUUCGCAGUGUGUCAUGCAUUGUACUGGUUACCCAUAGGGUAUAUGGUGGCUAUAUCAUAUGAUCAUGUACAACCAUUUGUUCCAUUUUUGAGUUCUCUUGGUAUAUACCCACCAGAAAAAUACAUGUUUACGUGGCUUAUGGGUUCAUACGGAGUAAUGACAACUAUCAGUCAAUGGUUCUGGUCAUCUAUGAUGAGGAAGAAAUUUCAACAAAGAAUACAUUCGAGAAUCGGUCAAUACACCUGCAAAUUUAUUGCACUGCUCUAUACCGUAUCAGGAAUUUGCAUUGUUCUGCUGUCUAUAUUUAAUAUGAAAGAUACCAAUCAAUUACACUAUCGCUUAACUAUGGUCAAUUUUUUUUGCCAAGCAGCUGCGAUGCUAUUGGGUUCAUUACUUGUCUUUUGGGUUUAUCGUCCAAUGAAAUGGUUUCUGAUUGCUAGGAUUAUUGUCACACUUCAGAUAUUUCUCGGAUCAUAUUUCUUUGUUUAUUUCAAUCGCGCUGGACUCUUGGUGUUUGAUGGGGAGAACAUCUACUACAUAAGGGAACAUGAACCGGGAUACACAGAAUUCAAUAAAUGUGCAAUCAGUCUGUAUAAAUUAAAUAGUAUUUCAGAGAGACUUCGAUAUCAUUACUUACUUGGUAUCAUUAACAAUACAUCAAAUAAUUUAGCGUUUGAAUUUGUUUCUUUGUAUUUCCGUACUCUAGUUGUUUAUUUUAAUCAAGCUGGUCUACUAGUAUUGCAGGCAAAAAACUUGUUUUACAUCAAGGAAAACGAACCGGGUUACAAGGAAUUCAAUCAAUGUGCAAUCAGCGAAUGGUUCGUGAUAUUGGGAUUAAUAGAAAUCACUUUGAUAACUGGCUUAGAAUUAAGAACUUAUGAAAAUCAGUACGAGGAAAUCAAUAAAUCCGUGUGA